UGGGUUGUGGGCGGUGCGCGCUCAGCCCGGGAAAAGCGAGAAAUGGCGACGCCGACCGCGGGCCGCCGGCCCGCCCUCCCCCUGAAGGAGCUAAUGACCUCUGACAGGGGACGCCGGGUAUUGAGAGUGUGCGGCAUGCAUCCUGACCACCAGGAAGCUCUGAAAAAGAACCGAGUGGUGCUAGCCAAGCAGCUGCUGCUGAGUGAACUGUUAGAACAUCUCCUGGAGCAAGACAUCAUCACCUUGGAAAUGAGGGAGCACAUUCAGGCCAAAGUGGGCAGUUUCAGCCAGAAUGUGGAACUCCUCAACUUGCUGCCCAAGAGGGGUCCCCAGGCUUUUGAUGCCUUCUGUAUGGCCCUGAGGGAGACCAAGCAGUGUCAUCUGGAGGAUCUGCUGCUCUCAACCCUCUCUGGUCUUCAGCAUGUCCUCCCACCGUUGAGCCGUGACUACGACUUGAGUCUGUCUUUCCCGGUGUGUGAGUCCUGCCCCCCUCACAAGAAGCUCCGCCUGUCUACAGAUACUGUGGAGCACUCCCUGGACAAUAGAGAUGGCCCACCGUGCCUUCAGGUGAAGCCUUGCACUCCUGAGUUCUAUCAAGCCCACUACCAGCUGGCCUAUAGGUUGCAGUCUCGGCCUCGUGGCCUGGCCCUGGUCCUGAGCAACGUGUACUUCACCGGAGAGAAGGACCUGGACUUCCGCUCCGGAGGGGAUGUGGACCACAGCAGCCUAGUCACCCUCUUCAAGCUCUUGGGCUACAAAGUCCAUGUUCUACUGGACCAGACUGCACAGGAAAUGCAAGAGAAACUCCAGAAUUUUGCCCAGUUGCCCGCUCACCGCGUCACUGACUCCUGCAUCGUGGCCCUCCUCUCCCACGGCGUGGAGGGUGGUGUCUAUGGUGUGGAUGGCAAGGUGCUUCAGCUCCAGGAGGUGUUCCGGCUCUUUGACAAUGCCAACUGCCCGAGCCUGCAGAACAAGCCAAAGAUGUUCUUCAUCCAGGCCUGCCGUGGGGACGAAACAGACCGUGGGGUCGACCAGCAGGAUGGGAAGGGCCACGCCCGGGCCCCUGAGUGCGAGGACGGUGAUGCUGGGAGACAGGAGUUGCUGAAGAUGCGACUGCCCACCCGCUCGGACAUGAUAUGUGGCUAUGCCUGCCUCAGAGGGACGGCCGCCAUGCGCAACACCAAGCGGGGCUCCUGGUACAUCGAGGCCCUCGCUCAGGUCUUCUCAGAGAGGGCUUGUGACAUGCACGUGGCCGACAUGCUCGUCAAGGUGAACGGCCUUAUCAAGGAGCGCGAAGGCUACGCCCCGGGCACAGAGUUCCACCGCUGCAAGGAGAUGUCUGAGUACUGCAGCACCCUGUGCCGCCACCUCUACCUGUUCCCAGGACUCCCUCCCACGUGACGCCCAGGCCGGCCUCAGGACCACGGCGGGCUGAGGACCACAGGCAGCACGUCGGGGCCUUUGCAGGGUCACGGUUUCGGCUCUUCCCCUCAGGGACUGGGAGUUCCCCGGCUGGCUUCCCAGCCUACCAUCUGUCCUCACUGCUAAGCCGGGACCGCAGGCUGGCUCCUCCCGCGGGAGGCUUUCCCUGGGGGCCAGCAGCGUUUGGCUGCCACCGAGGAACCUGGCACAUGGUGAUGUGAGCACGUGGUCUUCAUGGGGAGAGGCAUGCAGGUCUCCUCGACAUGUGUGCUCACUUCCUGCCCGAGCUUCUGUAGGUAGCACUAUGGUCAUUGAUUUAUUACAUCAGUUAAGAUGUCUCAGAGAUUAUCUCCUCUUUCGUAUCCCAGCCCAUUUGUCCCCGAGUGAGUUUGGAUGGUGUCCUCAUUAAUAUAGGCAUUUUUCCUGUGUCUGUGGAAGGACACACAGGACUAGAGACAUGCUCUGCUGCUAUGUGCAUGGAAUGACCUGUGUGUCCCUUCAGUGCGUCACGGCCAUCCCUGGAAGGACAGUCUUAGUGCCCCCUCUGGCUCCUUGGACUCAGUAAUCCAAGCUUCCCCAGCAGUAAUCCAAGCUUCCCACAGAGGCUGGGGUCUGAUGCCUUGUAUCUGGGACUCGCUGAUCUUUGCACAGGGAGGUUCCCAGGAUAUUUUCUCUGAUUGUCACUGGAAUGAGCCUGGCACAGUCAGCAGAGGUGGGUAAGGGUGAGGUGCUUACUCAUACUCUGGAACCUGUCACAUUAUCUUUUCUUCCUGUGAAAUGUCCCUUUGUAUAGAGCUUCCUAGUUGUUAGCUCCCUGCUUCCUGUUUCUCCCCUCCCUCAUGUCGUCCUGGUUACUGCUGCCUCCAAAUCUGUCUGACAUACUACUUAGUGGGAUCAUUUGGCUGUUCAGGGAAGUAAUGUAGUACCUGUUCCUGCUUUCUGUUUCAGUGUUAAAUCCCCUUUUGAUUUUAUGUGGCCUAGUUCCCUUUCCCCGUCUAUUUCAGGGAGGCCUUUGCUAUAUGAUUAUAUAUGUUGUUUACCCAGGAGCAGUCUUUAUCUGUGUUUACAGGAAACCUGCCUGUUCUCGAAGGCCUCUUUGACUUCCAUUCUGGUCCCCGCCAGUUGAUGUCUAUAUGACAGCUUUUGGUUUUUAAAUAUACAUAUGAUCAUGUUGCUGCCCUUCUUGGAGCCCUUUGGUUUAUUACACCUCAAAUAAAAUCCAUACUCCUGC